AUGAAAUGGGAAGAUUUGAAGCAAACGGUAAAAAAGAAAUUUUGUGCUCCUAACGAAAUUGAGAAGAUUGAGAAAGAGUUCCUAACUUUCAAAGUAGGGAAAUUGUCACACCGGGAGUAUACUUCCAAAUACAUUGAGAUGGCACGUCUCAUACCGUACAAGUCUGGGAAUGAUGAAAGUUGGAAGAAACAUUACAUUGAGGGGUUGCCUGAUAGGGUUAGACACUUGGUAAAGGCUCAUGCUCCUCUUGAUUUUGAUGCAUUAGUUGAGCUAAGUGCGACUCUUUACGAUGAUGUAUUAGCAGUUGAAGAGAAGGUGGAGGAACCAGAAAAGAAGAAGUGGGUUGGGUCGAAUAAGAGGUUCAGGGGUGAACAUGGGGAUACAGGUGAUAAGAGGGUUAAAACUGAGAACUUGGGUACAUGCAGGAAGUGCGGAAAAAUGCACUCUGGGGAGUGCUCAAUGAAGACCAUUCUAUGUUUCUGUUGUGGGCAAACGGGACACUUUGCUAAUGAUUGUAAGGCUGGCCCUAAGUGUUACAAAUGUGGGGGUUUUGGGCACAUAUCCAGAGAAUGCAAGGGCAAAAAGGGCGAGGGGCCAAGCCAGGGUCUUGCUGAGGACAAAAAAGAGGAUGUGAAACCGAAGGCAAAUGCACGGGCCUUCACGAUGACUAAGGUUGAGGCGAAGACUGAUGCGAAUGUUGUUUCAGGUACAUUCCUUGUUAAUGAUGUUCCUGCUUCUGUGUUAUUUGACUCUGGGGCCAGUAGGAGUUUUGUGGCCCAUUCCUUUUGUGGUAAAUUGCGUAGAAUGCCUAGGAAGAUUGAGGAACCAUUUUGUAUUGAAACUGUUGUGGGUCAACCUACUAGUGUGACCGAUGCUUUAGAUGAUUGUUUUAUUGAUGUGGAAGGUCAUAGGUUCCCUGCUAGACUGUUUAUCAUUACGUUGGGUGGUUUUGAUGUGGUAUUGGGAAUGGAUUGGUUGUCCACGUUUAAUGCAGAUAUUGUUUGUCGGGAAAAAAUGAUAAGAUUGACUUCAUUAGAAGGGAGUCCGGUGAUAAUUUAUGGCAAUAAGGUGUGCGUCGUCACCGAAAAUCAUUUCUAUGAUGAAGGCGGUAAAAUUCUUGAGGCGCGGCAUGGGAGGGUGAUAGCCUACGCUUCGCGUCAGUUGAAAACUCAUGAGGUUAACUACCCUACUCAUGAUUUGGAGCUGAAAGAGUUGAACAUGAGACAACGGGGAUGGCUCGAAUUGAUUAAGGAUUACGACUGUGAAAUCCUUUAUCACCCUGGGAAAGCGAAUGUGGUCGCUGACGCGUUGAGUCGUAAGGAGAGACAUGCACCCAUUCGAGUAAGGUCAUGCCAAUUGAUUGUAACUCCUGCUUUCUUGGUACAGUUGAAAGAAGCGCAAACUGAGGCAUUGCGUGAGGAUAGGUUGAAGGGCGAACGGGUAUUCGGCUAG